AUGUCUCUAACCGUGACCGGCACGCUAUGUAGCAAAUGCGUUGAGCUUGGAGACUCUUUCCAGAGGAAGUACGACGGCCAUUCGCAUGAAUUCGAGAACCACCAUGGGUUAAAGCACAAAGCCCUCGACAGAUCCGCAGCGGCAGGCUGCGACUUUUGCCGUCUCCUGCGACAGUCCUUGAUCUACAGUCGUGGUACCUCCAAGUUUUUUCAUGACGGAGAUUCCGGAAACUUUGACCGGAUGACGCCAUUAAAUAUCCUCAGACGGACUUUGGAACUUGAAUAUGGGGAAAAUGGGAUUUACGGCGCCUCUGCUGAGGGUGAGAUAAUUUUGCCGCCCGGGACUAGUGUUGAGGAUAUCCGUCGCCAGCGCCCUAACUUUGGAAUGGGGGGAGACAACGGAAGCGAUCGGGUGAGCACGUCCGAAGAGGAAUAUAGCGAUGAUGACGAGUCUCGAACGGGAGACACUUCUCACGAGACGCCUCACGCAGGCCUGGGCCGAGAGGACAGUACAGAGGACGAAGCUUCUAAGGACGUGGAGAAGGAUCUUGAGGCCCUGGCUCCAGUGGUAGCGGCCUGGCUUCAACGGUGCACGACGAGCCACGUCAACUGCAGGAAUAGCUCCAGGGAAGCCCCCGACUCUGUCCCCCUGCCCAGCAGACUGAUCGAUGUCGGCCAAGGGGAUCAAGAUGUACGGCUGCAUAUCACUGCUGAACAUCCUGUUCAGACGGGGCGAUAUGUUAUAUUGAGCUAUUGUUGGGGCCAGACUAAUAACAAAACCAGGACCUUAGCUUCUAACAUCGACAGUAGAAAACGCCGUCUUGAUAUCUCUGAGCUCAGCAAGACCAUCACGGACGCUAUCAUGGUCACCCGGGCUUUUGGCGAGAGAUUUCUGUGGGCAGAUGCCGUGUGUAUUAUACAAGGGACAAUUGACUGGUUCGACGAAGCCCCGAAGAUGGGUGACUACUACAAGAACGCAAUAUGCACCAUCGCCGCGACCAGUGCGAUGGACUCCUCGGAGGGCUUCCUCAACCCCCGGCCCGCGCAAAGCCUUCCCGUACGCGAGUGCUCGUUUCCCGCCAUCUUCCGCCCCGGCUAUAACCAGCACUCGCAAGAAUACAAAGUACAGCUCGUGUUCCAGCCGCAAGUCCCUCAUAAGGAUGACAUAAUCCGCAGCUCGCCACUGUAUGAAAGAGGCUGGACAUGCCAGGAGCGCCUUCUCUCCACACGAAUCAUGUACUGGACGGAGCACGCUCUCUUCUGGGAGUGUCUGGAGUCGGAGGGCUCCGAGUUUGACCACCACGGCCGUGUGAGGCAGCAUCGGGGCCAAUCAUUUUCGGUCAUGGCCCUCAAAAACAUGAAAAUUUAUCUCCGGCUUCCCAAGAAGCGGGCCUUGGGCUCCGAAUGGUGCAAACUCGUCCAGAGCUACUCUAGACUGGCGCUCACCGUCGAAGACGAUAGACUGGUUGCUCUCUCUGGUCUGGCCAAUGAGAUCGGCAAAACCUUUGGCGACAAGUGCUUGUACGGCCACUGGCGGUCGCGUUUGCGCCAGAGCCUCCGCUGGUCGCGGUCACCCGGCCGCCGCAAGGGUUCAUGUUCAGAAGAUACCGCCGUGCGCCCCGUACCAUCUUGGUCGUGGCCUUCCGUUCGGGACGCUGUCGACAUCUCAGACUCGGAUAUAAGGGAUGACGGCUCGGUAUUCGCAUGGUUGAUGGAGGUGGUCGAUGUGUCCGGAGAGCUGGAUCAUCUGAAGGUCACAACCGAGAUCGGAAGCACAUGCAAGCUGCACAUUCUCGGGAUGGUCGAGCCGCUGCGGUAUGAUUCCUGGAGGGAAACUGAAUAUGAUACAUCAACCAUCUUGUUCUCAUUCAAGGAACAUCCUGAACUUGGUGAUAUUGGCAUAAUGUUCGACGAUUUCAGUUGGGACUUCCCUGUGUCGGGAACUCUGUUGUGUUUGCUCGUUUCGCGCAGCAUUUGUGAGCCACCCUAUUGGGAGCGGUGGUCUGAUACUGUGCCAUUCAUUGUUGUGGAGAAGCUUUCAGAGCCGGAUACGUACAAGCGCAUCGGGUAUGGUGGGAUGUCAGUUUCAGGUGAAAACAAACGAAUUAGGGCACUUCCCAGUCUAUUGAAUACGCCGAGUUUGAAGAGGAGUCUGUUCUUGGUUUAG